GGUAAAAGAAAACAGCUGUAAUUGAAAUCAGGGUGUGGCUUAUUGAUGAUCAGAAUGAUAUAAAUAUAGAGGUAAUGCUGUAAGAUGGAUGUGAGGUGUAGAGAGAGGACUCUCAAAGAGCAAAAGCUGCUGGUAUGGCGUCACCACUAAUGCUGGUGUUUUUAACUGCUCUCCCUGGGGUCCUCUGCUACCACUCCUCAUUCAUUGAUCUGGAAGCUAAAGGAAGUAACAAGUCCUCCAUCAGGUUCCUGGUUUUGGGAGACUGGGGUGGACUGCCAUAUCCUCCCUAUGUUACCCCCAUAGAAAAGGCAACUGCCCGCAUGAUGGCCAAAACCGCUUCCCAGAUGGGCGCAGACUUCAUUUUAGCGCUUGGUGACAACUUCUACUAUAAGGGUGUCAGUGACGUCAAUGACCCUAGAUUCCAGGUCACGUUUGAAGACGUCUACACUCAGGAUUCUCUCAAUAUUCCAUGGUACGUCAUUGCUGGCAAUCACGACCAUGCGGGAAACGUCCUUGCUCAAAUUGAGUACAGCCAAAAGUCAAAGAGAUGGAACUUCCCCUACUACUAUUAUGAGAUGAACUUCCGCAUUCCUCGAACGGACAGUACUUUGACCAUUCUCAUGUUGGACACGGUGUUGCUGUGUGGCAAUUCUGAUGACUUCCUUGACCAGCAGCCCCGAGCUCCCCGAAGUGGUGUUCAGGCCAAUAGACAACUGCUGUGGCUUCAGGAACGCUUGGCAAAGUCUAAGGCUGACUAUCUCCUGGUGGCUGGCCAUUAUCCAGUGUGGUCCAUAUCCGAGCAUGGGCCAACUGACUGUCUGCUGAAGAGCUUGAGACCACUGCUUAAGAAGUACAAGGCCACUGCUUACCUGUGUGGCCAUGAUCACAAUCUACAAUACAUCAAGGAGUCUGGAAUCGGUUAUGUAGUUAGUGGAGCUGGUAACUUCAUGGAUCCCGACGUUCGGCAUCGCAACCAGGUUCCUCGAGGCUACCUGAAGUUCUUCAACGGUGAUGCUGGCACCUUAGGUGGCUUUGCCCACGUGGAGGUCAACAAGAAACAGCUGACUGUUACUUUUAUCCAGGCUAGAGGAACCUCUCUUUACAGGGCUGUUCUUAAAAGGCGCGACGAUGUUUCCGGAGAGGAUGACUAUGUUUGAAUUUCUUAUACAGUUUUAAUGUGACUUUGGGCUUUUGACCCAGUUUAUUUUAGAAGUAUGCUAUAAAUUAGAAAAGUGCUCAAGAUGGAUUGAAGAUGCACUAUUGAAUCCUUAAGUAUUUAUAGAUUAGUUUUUUAAAUGGUUUAACCAAUAAAUGUUUGCAUGUUUGUCUUGAGAACCUGUAAGUGUUUUAAAGUGAUUAUUAAACAACUAACUUAAA